AUGAAGCCAGACUUGAACACUGCGAAAUUCUCGACCCAGAACGCCUUUUACUUCGCGAGCCUGUGCCAGAUCGCCUACAAGCCGGAGCAGGAGGCGAAGGGGCUCGUGAAGGGCAACUCCACCAACGAUGGGCUGGGGUUUGAUCGAUUCCAUUGGUUCGAUGCGGGCGAGGCGGCGAAAAAAAGCAGUUUCGACGCAAUCCAAGACACGGAGGCCUUUGUCACGGCGAACGACGACAUGAUCGCGGUCGUGUUCCGAGGCACAAAGGAGCUCACGGACUGGGCGACAAACAUUGACAUGAUCCUGAGGGACUGCGCGGAGCAGUGGGAGGCCCCGGACGCCGUCGGCUCUGUCCACGAGGGCUUCAACGACGGUGUGGACUCGGUUUGGGAGGAGUACGGAAACAUGCGCAAGGUUAUCAAAAACCUCUACAACGAAAAGGGCAAGAACCGCAAGCUGUACAUCGCGGGGCACUCUCUUGGAGCCGCUCUGGCCACGGUCACCGCGGCUCGCCUGUCGUAUGUUGACAACAUGGACAUCGCCGGGGUAUAUACCAUCGGCAGCCCCAGGCUGUUCGACCCGUCGGCCGCCGCUGGGUUUGACUCCAGGAUGAACGACGGCACUCCCCUGAAGGACAAGUACUUCCGUUGCAGGAACAACAACGACGUCGUCACGCGGGUUCCGCCCCCGCCAAGCUACGAGCACGUCGGCACGGAGAUCUACCUCGAUCGAUUCGGUACCAUCAGCACGUCGAGUUUCGCCGACCGUAUCCUCGGGAGUCUCAGCGCGUUGUGCCGCGGAGAGUUGAUCGACGGCGUCGACGACCACAGCACCUCGGAGUAUAUUCGACACCUCAAGCAGGAUGUGAUCAACUCGAAGGUGCCGGCUUUCGACAAGGCCAAGAGCACGUGUCGUGAUGCUAUCAGCAACUUCAUUCUGCAGGUGGCUCCCGACAAGUUCGUCGACAAUAUCGAGGGCCUAAAAAGAUUCAAGAAGAUCAAAUCCACAAUCGAAGAAGUGAAACAAGUGGCCAAAGAAGCUGCGAAGGACUUCUAG